AUGGAAGCUAACACUGCCAGCCAAGAAGACAUAAAGUUGCCUAUCGCAUCCAUUUCGGAUGUUUUGACGUUGGAAGUGAUCGAAAAUCACCUAGACUCUUUGUCUUCUGACCAAUUAUCUGAGUUAUAUGCGAAGCACUUACCUGAAUCGACAUCCCCCACAAAACACGAUAUUUUGGAUGUCGUGAGAAGUGGCUUUUUCCAGCAAUCUACGAACAAAUUGAGCGAGCUGUUGAGGGAAGGAAAUGGCGCUGGAUAUCUCUUAGCCCAGAGUUUGAAAUAUAGUUAUCAAGGUGAGGGAAUUGAGUCUUUCUUGAACGGUGUGAGAGAAUUAGGUAUAAAGGAAGAGAAAGAAAAAGAACAGAAAAAAGAGAAUCAUAGUACCGAUUCCAAGAAUGAAGAUGACAUAAACCAAUAG